AUGCCCGUGGUCAUCUUCGGCCUGGACCCGGCCUCGGGCGGCGACACCAGCCCGGCGGAUCAUGCCAACUUGUAUCGGACCCUUUCUCAGCUACGACACGACCAGCAACCCGUCUUGAGCCUUGUCGCGGACCCGGCCCGGCUUCGGCUCGCCUCGGACUCCCGUAUCGUCGUGACACGGCCCGAUGACUGCCUGACGCAUCUGCCUCAUGUCGUCGACCCGGAGACGCACUACGUGAUGCUGUCGAAGCGCGGCCUGGCCCGGUCCAGCUUGCGCACAACGCCCUCGACCGUCAUCGACGUGCUCCUCCCGCCCGAGCACAUGGACGACCCCGUCAAACUCGAGGGCGAGGUCGCCCGCAUGACCAAGCCCCUCGACAUGCGCCGCGUGCCCUUCAUGGUGAAGCUCAACCAGUCGCUUGCGGGAAAGGGCACCUUGCCGGUGCGCUCCGAGGCGGAACGAGCGCGGGCCAAGGCCCUGGUCGGCGCCCAGUUGCGAGACGCGCUCCCGCAGAUCAACGCCGCCAACCACCACUUACACCCGUGCUCCUUGGUCCUCCAGGACUUCGUGACGGGCGGCGCCGUGGGCCUGUCGCUGUUUGUGACACCCAAGGGGCGCGCCGUCUUCGUCGUCUGCAGCGAGCAGCACUUUGACGAGAAGGGGCACUGGGCCGGAGGCUCCGUCUCCUACCCGGAUCAGGAGGCCCUGCGCCGCAAAUACGCCCAGCCUAUGGAAGAGACGGCCCGAUUCCUACACCAGAACGGCUACCACGGGCCCGCGGGCAUAGACAUCAUGACGGACGGCUCAGGCACGCAGUACAUCAUCGACCUCAACGCCCGCAUCACGGGGUCCUAUCACCUGGGGCCGCUUGCCGGCCACUUUAUGCAGCGGGGGCUGGCCAAGGCCAGGGCGAUCAAGGCCCAUUUCCUGUGUCCGAGGGCAGUCUUUGAAGAGACAUUUGCUCGCGAUAUCAAAGACGGGCGCCUCAUUAUUACCGGCUGGGCGCGGGAUGAGCCGCUGUCGCUGAGCCAAGGGGGUGUCACGGUGGGCGGAAGGGACGAGCUGGAGACCAAGGGCCUGAUCGCCAAGGUCCAGGCUCUUGCGGUGUCUCUCAAUGCCUUCUCCAAGAAGGUACGCGACUCCAGCGCCGUGACCUGCUCCAGCUCGCGUCAGGCCAACGUCGGCGCCCACGCCAGCGCCUGCAACGCCUUGAUCAACUCCAUCGGGGUGGCGCCGCCGGGGACGCUCCCUGCGUCGCCACGCGGGGGGUGUAAAUGGUCCCUGAUAGAGCUCCAACUAGACAUAAAACAAAAGUGUAUUGACCGAUUGCCUUAA